AUGGCAACCAAGACGGACGUAGACCACCAGGAGAACCUCGCCGAAGUCGGCCUCGACAACAGGACCGAUACUCACAGUUCGCACCAACAUGACCCUGACAAGGGCACUGCUGGGCACGCCAACUACCAUGGCAUUGACACGAGAGCAGUGUCCAUGGGGGCGGAUGAGGUGUACGAGAGGAAGAUUUCCAUCAUGAACGAGGCCCUGAUCGACCUGGGCAUGGGUUCCUUUCAGUGGAAGGUCUUCGCCAUGACAGGUUUCGGCUGGUUCGUCGACAAUCUCUGGCUGCAAGCCAUCACCAUCAUCACACCACCUGUGCGGACCGAAUUUGCGGUGAAGCGCAUUGCCUUUCUCAGUGUCGCCAAAUACGCUGGUCUCGUCAUUGGGUCGAGCUUCUGGCCCAUGACGGCAGACUUCAUCGGCCGCCGACCGGCCUUCAACAUCACCCUCCUCAUCUCCUCCAUGUCCGGCUUGAUUGGCGCCGGAAGCCCCAACUUCGUGGCCAUCGCCACGUUCUGCGCCGGACUGGGUCUGGGUACAGGCGGCAACCAGCCCGUCGACAGCGCCAUCUUCCUUGAGUUUGUCCCGGCGACGCAUCAGUACCUUCUCACUAUGCAAUCGUCAUUCUGGUCUGUCGGACAAGCUGUCGCGGCGCUCAUCGGAUGGCCCAUGAUUGCAAACUACUCUUGUCCCACAAACACGCCGGCCGGGCAGUGUGGGUACCAUGAGAACUUGGGCUGGCGAUACACGUUCUGGACGUUUGGCGGCCUCACGCUUGCCAUGUUCCUCGCCCGCUUUCUGUUUAGGGUACCGGAGACGCCGAAGUAUCUACUCGGCAAGGGCCGCGACAGGGAGGCCGUUGAAGUUGUCCAAGCGAUUGCAAAGCGGAACAAGACGACAACGUGGCUUACCCUGUCGCACUUUGAGGCGGUAGACGCCCAGCUUGCCUCGCAAAGAGCCGACGAGGCGGAGGUGGUGGCGCCGCCCAACUCAGACUCCAAGAACAUCGUCAGGCGGAGCGUUGAGAAGUUUGCGCCCCAAAAGAUCAUGGCGCUCUUCUCGACGCCGCGGCUCGCAUUCUCCACGUCACUGAUGUUGUUCUUGUGGUGCUCCAUCGGCAUGGCGUACCCAUUAUACAACUCCUUCAUUCCCAUCUACCUCGAGAACAAGGGCGUCGCGUAUGGCGCCAGCUCCAUCAACACCACCUACCGCAACUACGCGAUCCAGGCCAUCUGCGGCAUCCCGGCAUCCAUCCUGGGUGGCUUCACUGUCGAUAUGCGCCGUAUCGGGCGCAAAGGUACCGGAACCCUGGCCUGCCUGGGCACAGGCGUGUUUCUCUUCCUCUUCACGCGGGCGCAGACAAGUGCAAGCGUCCUGGGCUUCAGCUGCGCCAUUGCAUUCUUCCAGAACCUCGUGUACGGACUGCUGUAUUCGUACACCCCGGAGCUGUUCCCGGCGCCGAUCCGAGGUACGGCCAACGGCCUGGUGGCAGUCUUCAACCGGAUGAGCGGGUUGAUGGCGCCCAUCAUCGCGGCGUAUGUGGGCAUCGACACGGACCUGCCCGUGUGGAUCUCAGCGGCGCUGUUUGUUGUGGCAGGCUUUGUCUUUCUCAUCUUGCCGUACGAAUCGCGGGGACGAGCUGCUUCCUAG